AGGGGAUUGGAUGGUCUCAGAGUAUAAAUAGCGUGGAGAGCCCUGUCAUCAUGUCAGUCGCCAGUCAGGAAGCGUGAAAUAAACAACUCCAAGAUGGUGUCAAUGUGUGGACGACUCGUGGUGGUGGUGAUGCUGGUGGUGUUGGCGGCGCUGGUGGAGGCUGACCCGACCUACAAGAGGAAAAGGCCCUCCCACUGCUACCCCAAGACCCAGUACGUCACCCACUACCAGACGGAGUACCAGGAGGUCCCAGUAUACACGACAGUCUACCAGCAACGGGUCGUCCCUACUACCCACUACGUAACCCAGUACCAAACCCAGUACGUGACGAAAUACCAAACCGAGUAUGUCCCUAGGUACGUCACCGAGACUUCUUACCGAACCCAAGUCCAGUACGUGACCCAAUACCAAACCCAAUACCAGACUCAGUAUCAAACUCAAUACGUCACCACCAGCCAAUACGUACCAAGUUAUGUUACUCAGACUCAAUAUCAAACCCAGUACGUGACCCAGACCCAGUACACCACCCAUUACACCACCCAGUACACACCCCAGUACAUUACCACGACUCAAGUGCAAUAUCAGACCCAAUACCAGACCCAAGUGGUCCCUCAGUACGUGACGGUAACACAGACCCAGGAGAAUUACGUCACUGACUGUCCUCAACCUUCUUACGGUUACUAGUGACCGCGUCAAUCAUUGGGUCAAAAUGUUUUCCAUCUGUGUUAUGUUAAAGUCUCCCCUGUUUAUGUUGAAAUGAUCGUUUUCUUUGAUGAAACCUAACAUAUAUAUAGUUUAUAUUUUCAACUUUUUAUAAAUAAAAUAUCUACUG